AAAAAAAGAAAAUGGCAAAGAACCUCAACUCCGCCAGCUUUACCGUUCUCUUGCUUGUCCUCUUGAUGGCUUCCACCGGGAUCCUCAAGAGCGAGGCUCAAACAUGCUCCACGUUCUUAGACGAGUGCGGGCCAGCCCCGUUCCUAGGUACAAAUGCUGAUUGCUUUAAGUGCUGCAAAUACACAUACGGGAGUCCUCCAGCAUGUAAAGGGCUUGUUGAGGGAAGCGACAAACACUGCCAUUGCUAUCAAAAUCCAUGAGGCUUAUAAUAACCUUACGUACCAAAUGUAACUUGUGUUUUCACUUGGUAUUUAUGUUCCAAGUUUCGUUUGCUUCCAAAUAAACACCAAGGGGAAAGCUAAUAAUCAUGGCUUCCCCCUAAGUGUAAGUCUUGUUAUGUGCACUUUCGUUUCAUCCUUUUUA